AUGGUUCAUCUUUACUACUGGCUGGCAGCCUCUCUCGCCGUUAAGGAUCCGUUCUAUGCCGUGCCUGGAAAUAUAGACGCAUUUGCUCCUGGCGACAUAAUAAAGCAUAGGGAACCGCCUUCGCGGAUUUCUGCUUAUGGAUGGACCCCGACCCAUGUGCAGAAAGCCUAUCAGAUUCUAUAUCGGACGACAGAUAGCCGGAAGAAUCCUACUGCGGCUGUUUUGACGGCCCUCAUACCUCCCGACGCAGACUACAACAAGGUGGUAUCCUUACAAAUGGCCGAGGAUUCUGCUACAAUUGAUUGCGGUCCAUCGUAUACGAUGCUCCUUUCAGCGCAACAAAAUCCACUGCUCAUUUCCAAUAUCACUCAGCUUCAGUUGUUAGUCGCAGAGGCGGCGCUCGCUAAGAAUUGGAUCGUCAUUGUACCGGAUCACGAGGGACCAAAAGGGUCAUUUACGGCAAGCAAAAUGACAGGCCAUGCAAUUCUCGACGGCAUUCGAGCUACGUUGCAGUCAAACCACAUUACGGGAAUUGGAUCAAAUCCGAAGAUAGGGCUUUGGGGAUACUCUGGAGGAGGAGCUGCCACUCAAAUAGCAGUGGAGAUGCAAGAGCAUUAUGCACCUGAAUUGGAGAUUGCCGGUGCCGCCAUGGGAGGACUCUCGAGCUUGAGGAAUGCGAGUGGCAUCUUCAGCAUCAACAAGGGGCCGAGUGCGGCACUCAUACCAGCGGCGCUGCUUGGGCUGGCCAGUCAGCAUCCAGAGCUGCAGAAAUCGAUUGAUCAGUCUCUGAAACCCGAGUUUCGAGAGUAUUUCUACACCCCACUGCACCAGUGUCUGCAGGCGAGCACGAUGCUGUUUUCGUACCAAGAUAUUCUGGGCAUGUUUCGCAAUGAGUCGAUACCAGGAUUGACGGCAGAGCUUAUAAAGGCGUGGAACGAAGAGAGUCAAGACGGGGCAUCCAAGAUUAAAGCUCCGCUAUACGUGUACCAGAGUGUCGUUGAUCACCUCUCCUCUAUUCAAGGUAUAGACGCUUUGGUGCGCGACUAUUGCAAUCAGGGUUUCAACGUACAUUACGAGAGAGCUAACUCGCCAAACUUGAGUCACGUCAAGUAUGGUAUUCUCGGGGUUCCGGGAGCGGUGUCGUGGUUGCAGGAUCGGCUUGAUGGGAAAGAGGCCAGCCGUGGAUGCUUGUAUCAUACGGAUACGACUUCAACUUUGGAUCCGAAUAUGGCUGCUUUGUAUCCUAGGAAUAUUUCUGACGCUUUAUAUGGAAUUGUUAGCUCUAGUAUAUAG